GGCUCACAGGAGCUGACGGGAACAUAGUCAUGAGACAUAGGCUGGAAGAUAUAUUAUUUAUAACACUCGCGUUCGCCUUCCCAAUGCAACGUCGCUUCUCACUAUUUUGAUUUCAGAAACCAGAGAUCAAAUGCCGACAGCCACGAACAUCCCAAAAACUGCUCGAGCAGCGGUGCUGACACAUUGCGGAAAACCUUAUGAUAUCAAAGAGUUCCCGGUCAAACAACCCUCAGAACUGGCGGUCGGAGAAUGCCUCAUCAAGAUGGAAUAUGCUGGAUGCUGUCAUUCGGAUUUGCAUGUUCGAGAUAACGAUUGGGGUCCACCGCCUCGACUUCCGCUCGUUGGAGGACAUGAAGGUAUUGGCCACGUUGUAGCAAUCGGUGAACACACCCAGACUAAGGUGAAAGUUGGAGAUCGGGUUGGGUUGAAAUGGAUUGCUAGGUCGUGUUUGAGGUGUGACUUGUGCAGACGCGGGAAGGAGAGCUCUUGCCCGUUCCAGCGCAGUCAUGGUUUUACCGACCAUGGCACCUUUGCUGAGUACUGUGUGUCAUAUACGGACUACGUGACGCCUAUUCCAGAGAGCCUGGAGAGCGCUGCUGCUACUCCAAUUCUCUGCGCGGGUGUCACUGUAUACAAAGCACUGAAGGAAACGAAAGCGAUAAUCGGCGAAUGGGUAGCCAUCUCGGGAGCUGGUGGAGGUCUCGGACAUUUGGCGGUACAGUACGCCGUCGCGAUGGGAUUCCGCGUUAUUGCGAUCGAUUCGGGCUUAUCCAAGAAGGAACUGUGCCACAAACUUGGCGCGGAGAAGUGGGUUGAUUUUAUGGAGUCGAAGGACGUUGUCAAGGAAGUCCAAGAAGCAACAGGAGGAUUGGGUUCUCAUGCAGCAGUGAUCGCUGUCGGCAAUGCUACCCCAUUCAAUCAAGCCCUGUUAUAUCUACGUCCUAGCGGAACCCUAGUUUGCGUCGGCGUGCCUGCCGCGGGUGCGAUGUUAAACGUUCCAUUGAAUAUGCUAGUUCCCAAGUGCUUGAACAUCGUUGGAACAUCAACCGGAAAUCGCCAGGACAUGGCAGAGGCUUUGAAUAUCGUUGCAAGUGGGAAGGUCAGAUGUCACCAUGAGGUUAAGCCUCUAGAUGAAGUUAACAACGUGAUGGAAGACAUGCAUCAAGCGAAGCUUACUGGGAGAGUGGUUCUCAAGAUUCAAUAGUGUAUGUAUGCCACUGUAAUCAUUGCCACGGUAAUGUAAAUUCAAGAGGCUGG